GUGUAUGGUUGUGAAUAUAAGAACUUAGUGAAUGAAAGCGAAUAAUCAACACACGUUAAGACUUCGCAUUUCGUCUAUAUCACACCUCAACUCUCAACUUUCCUUUUGAAAAGUCUUAUCCAAGUCGCCCCAUUUGUUUCUUCCAUUCAAUUUCCUUUAUCAGACAUACAUCGUGUGUCACAACACACACUUCUACUUUCUCUCUCUCUCUAAUUCGGAUUAUAUACUAGACACCCCCCUCAAUCCUUUCAUAGCCUCCCCUCUACACACCUUACUAUGAAUUUUAAGAUACCUCUCUUUCUCUUGUUUGUUCUUGUCUCAACUUCCCAAGCCCUCAAAUUUGAUAUCGGCAGAACCGCAGGAUGGUCUUUAAACCCUCCCGAGAAUUACAACCAAUGGUCCAGAAGAAACAGGUUCCUAGUCAACGACAUUCUAGUUUUCAAGUACAACAAGGGUUCAGACUCUGUGUUGGAAGUGAACAAAGAAGCUUAUGAUAAAUGCAACAAAACAAACCCAAUCAACAAGUUUGAAGAUGGUAACACAGAGUUUACUUUGGAUCGAUCUGGACCAUUCUAUUUCAUUAGUGGAAAUGAUAAAAAUUGUGAAAAGGGUCAGAAAUUAACCCUUGUCGUUAUAUCCCCACGAGGCCACACACCAAAAUCGGCUCCUUCGCCGUCUCCCUCUCUUUCGGCUUCUCCCCCUGCAAAUCCACCCUCUCUAUCACCAUCCUUCAGUAUGCCUCCCGCCGGUGAACCUACGGCUCCACCUCCUACGGCAGGUGGACCACCUGCUCCAUCACCGAUCUCUCCUUCCACGGAAGCUUCACCGCCAUCUCCAUCUCCAACUAUUCCAGCAGAUGGUGCUGCGGCAUCGGGUGCACAGUCUCUGGCACCUGGAGGAGCAGCGGUUCCACCGGCGUCAUCUAAUUCAAUAGCGCCUUUGAGGUCUCUGGUGUACUCAGUUGCAGUUGUUGUCGGUGCUGUAUUUUUGUGUUACGGAAACAUUUUGGGUUGAAACAUGAAUUAGCGGUAUGAUUAUGUUGUAAUAAAUUUUUCGGGGAUUGCUAUGUUUACUUGGUUGGGUAUGAUUAAUAAGCAUCAUUUCGUUAUUACCAUUUUUAGUUUCUUAUUUAUUUGGCUGUUUUCAUUGGUGUAUUUGUUGUAGAACGAUUUGUUGGUAUCUUUCAGUUUUGUGUAUCAUUGUUAUAUUGUCAUAUGUAAGAACAAUAAAGUUGAUUUAUAUUCCUACUUUAA